AUGGGACAUCGAGAGUUGUACAGAGUCAACAAGCGAAUCAUUUACACCUCACCAUUUACGCCUUACAGCGAGAAUCAGCGAUAUAGUCGAAAAGACGGAAAAAUGUCAUUUGUAGAUAAAAAUCCUUCAGCUAGCGCCCAGGAACGAAGCGUGGCAAGUAUGGAUGAAGCCCAGCUGGCGACAUAUCUGCAACAACUACAAGACGAUAUAUCCAAUUCAAUGCACCAAAAUAGACCAAGAGGAGAUCUUCGAGAAAAGAAACUGUCGUACAAUCAAGUCAUGAAUAUUCUUUAUGAACGACAGCCGGGUCCACGGUUGGAUCCGAUGGACAUACUACCUAACGAGAUUUUAACCGAGAUUCUGGUCAUGUCCUCGGAAGAUCCACCUUUUCACUUCCUGCGACUCACAUUGGUGUCGAGGAAGUGGGGUAACUUCAUGCUGUCCGAGCCGGGCUUGUGGAAUCAUAUCCGCCUAUUCAACUACUGUGAUGAAUCCAUCCUCGUCAUUCUUGGCAACAAUAGAUCCAGAGUAAACACAAUCUCCAUCCGUCCCGGUGUGGACAGCCAAUAUAGUGAUGGCGGUAAAUAUCAUGAAGAUGUGCGGGAAUUUCUGGAUGAUUUAGGCAUCCUUCCAAAUUUGCAACGCCUUACGAUUUCACCCACAAAUAGGGAUGAAAGUUCCUAUGAUCUGCAAGAGCUCUUGAAUAGAUAUCCAUCUUUGAAGUACCUCACAAAAAUGAACGUUAAUAUGGAGACUUUAACCUUCAUCGUCACCGUCCUUCAUCACCUCAAAUGUUUGGAUUACGUCUACAUCAGUUAUGGGAUGAAUAAAAACGAUAUGAUUUCGUUCGAGUCUGCUUUAUCCCCAAAUCUCAAUGUACGCGAGCUGGAUGUAUACAUACACGAAUACGACGUUCCUGGGCUCAACCCGCGCCCCGUGCGGUCAGAGGAGGAGACAACGGAACAAAUAGAUAUGAUAAUCACAAUGCUACUUCAGCUUAUGCCAAGGACCGACGAACUCAGUAUUGGCCUGAGCUUUGAAUGGUCGUCUAUUCCCCUCUUUGGACUUGAAUCGCGCUUCUCCGGGACGAAAUUGUCUCUAAUUUUCUCCAAAGAUUGCAUAGGAGAUCUAGAGGCUAUUUCAAUUCCUUCAUCCACGCUUCAGCU